CCUUGGCGGAAAUCUUGGUAUCAAAAGUUCUCGAACCUCCACCUGUGAGCAUACACAGGAAAAUCAUACGGAACCAGCCAUUCUACACCCACAUUGACAAGCUGCCGAAGACAUGGCCGCCGUAUAUAAAACCUUGUCGGGUGACAGCAACAAACAUGAGAAAGGGACCGAAGGACGCAAGAACAGGCAGCGAGUCCUCAUUUUGAGUUCAAGAGGCGUCACAUAUCGCCAUCGCCACUUGCUCCAGGACUUGUACAAUCUCAUGCCACAUUCUCGGAAAGAGGCAAAGCUAGACACCAAGACCAAGCUCUACCAGCUGAACGAACUCGCUGAACUCUACAACUGCAACAACGUCCUCUUCUUCGAAGCCCGCAAAGGCAAGGAUCUCUAUGCUUGGAUGAGCAAACCUCCCAACGGCCCAACCGUCAAGAUGUACAUCCAAAACAUCCACACCAUGGAGGAGCUUAACUUCAUUGGCAACUGCCUCAAAGGCUCCCGCCCCAUCCUCUCCUUCGACGCCGCCUUCGAGAAGCAGGCCCACCUGCGCGUCAUCAAGGAGCUUUUCACGCAGAUGUUCGGCGUCCCCAAGACGUCGAGAAAAGUCAAGCCUUUUGUAGAUCACGUGAUGGGCUUCACCAUCGCCGACGGAAAGGUAUGGGUUCGCGUGUAUCAGAUCAGCGAGUCCGAGCCGGGCAAAAAGAAGCCCGCCGCGAACGGAGAGGCCGAGGAAACCGCGCCUGCGCCCAAGAAGAAGAAGGGUGGUGAAUACGAUGUCGAGCUUGUGGAGAUCGGUCCUCGGUUCGUCAUGACGCCUAUCGUGAUCCAGGAGUCGAGUUUCGGCGGUCCCAUCAUCUACGAGAACAAGCAAUUCGUAUCGCCCAACCAGAUCAGAGCAGAUUUGAGAAAGGCGAAGGCCGGCAGGUACAACCAGCGGACCGAGGCACAGCUGGAGAACAAGUUGAAGCGUGGAGAACUGGGUUUGAACACUCAUGGUGGAAGGAAAAAGGAGAAGGAUCCUUUGAGUGAUAGUGUUCUGUUUGCUUAAGUGCUAAUGGUCUGGAAGGCAAUGGGUGCGGCGUUUUGGCUGGUUCAUAUGCAUUGUGUUAGAUGGAUACACCCCCUGGACUACGGCGCAA